AUGUCAAAAAUACCCAAUCUUUCCACCCUUCUCGCCCGUCGAUCCAACCCAUCUAUCAUCCCCAUCUCCCCCACUCGAUCAGGUAACAACAAACCCAAAUCGCUUCAGAAGACCAAACGAACGUUCAAGCCCAAUAUCACUCGGGUGGAUUGGCCUAUCAACCUUCUGGCUGAGACUGAGGGUGCAAGUGCGGGCGCUAACGAUGUAUUACCUAGAUUAAGAGGAGUGAAGAUGCAGAUUAGGAAAAUUAGGGAUGUGGAGAAAGCUGGGGGAUUGGAGGGAUUGCUGCUCUCACGUCGUUCCAAGGAUCUCACACCCUUCGGCGCAUACCUUCGAUCACAAGUAUUUACUCAACUGCAUCGUAUCAAGGAAGACAUUGAGUUCGAGCGAGCCUCCAGGAAGGCUUCGGGUUUACCACCCUUGGAAGGGUUGGGUAGUCUGUCGGGUGGGAUAGGAGGUGGGGAGAAGAAGGAGGUGCCGUUAUUGGAGGGGCAGUAG